UUUUGUGGUUUUCAUGCUGUUUGGGUGAUGGUGAUGUCAUCAGUUCUUACAGUGACCUGUUUUCUUGAAACAUGAGCUAUGAUCAAGCGAUCUGAUUUGAGCAUUUGUGUUCUCGCCUACAGCUCCUGCUAAUAAUGUCUCGCUGGGACACAAUGGACCAGAUGUGAGUGAAAGACAGAGGAGCGGGGAAUCCGACACCUCAAAGUCAAUCCCACACAUCCAUUUUGUCUGGCAUGGCAAAACCUUUUGACACAUCACAAAUCCGAAGUGGAAAGAUGAGAUGAUACCACAAAAAAAUCCAUUCAAGUGUGUCGGAGCCUGUGGAGGAAGGGAGCAGCUCGGUGUCCAGGAGAGAUCAACCUGCACUAAAGGAUUUCUGACUGACAACUCUCUCACUGUGAUUACUCCAGCCGCUUUUCAAGAUUCAAGAUUUUGGCUGGACUGUGUGUGCAGCCUAAAUGACGAAGUGGAACUUGUUCAAGCAUCAGACAACACCCAUGGUCGCUGCUAAACCAACGGGGGCCAGUGCCUUGACUGCGACUCCAGCCCCUGUGGCAUUAGUCUCCGCCGACAACUCCACCGAGCCAGUCAACAAGAAUGAUGCCUUCGACGAGAUCAAAAACAAGUUCCUGAAUGAAAUCGACAAGAUCCCACUGCCGUCCUGGGCCAUCAUUGCCAUUGCCGUGGUCGCUGCUUUACUCAUUCUAACAUGCUGCUUCUGCAUCAUCAAGAAAUGCUGUUGCAAGAAGAAGAAGAACAAGAAGGGCAAGAAGGGGAAGGGUGACAUGGGAAUGAAGAACUUGAAAGGGGGAGAGAAACAACAGGAUGAUGAUGAUGAAGAAGAUGAUGUGGAACCUGGACUGACUGGAGAUGAGAAAGAGGAGGAAGUGAAGGAGAAGGAAAAGCUCGGGAAGCUGCAGUACUCCAUCGAUUAUGACUUCCAAGAGAACAAGCUGACUGUGGGAAUCCUGCAAGCAGCUGAUCUCCUCUCCAUGGACAGCGGUGGCACCUCAGACCCCUACGUCAAGGUCUUCGUCCUCCCUGACAAGAAGAAAAAGUUUGACACAAAGGUUCACAAGAAAACACUCAAUCCUGUCUUCAAUGAGACCUUUACCUUCAAGAUACCGUUCCAAGAGAUGGGAGGGAAGACUCUGGUGAUGUCCGUCUAUGACUUUGAUCGUUUCUCUAAACAUGAUGUCAUCGGAGAGAUUAAGAUACCCAUGAACACCCUUGAUCUGGCAAAGCCAAUUGAGGAGUGGAGAGACCUAGACAGCGCAGAUCAAGAGGAGCCAGAGAAGCUGGGUGAUAUUUGCAUCUCCCUGCGUUACGUUCCCACUGCUGGCAAACUCACCAUCUGUAUUCUGGAGGCUAAGAACCUGAAGAAAAUGGACGUGGGUGGACUGUCAGAUCCCUAUGUGAAAAUCAACCUGCUGCAGAAUGGAAAGAGGCUGAAGAAGAAGAAGACGACGGUGAAGAAGAACACUUUGAAUCCUUACUACAACGAGUCCUUCAGCUUUGAGAUUCCUCUUGAGCAAAUGCAGAAAAUCCAAGCUGUGAUCACAGUGCUGGAUUAUGACAAGAUUGGCAAGAACGAUGCCAUUGGGAAGAUCUGGGUGGGAAGCAAGGCCACAGGGGCCGGCCUGAAACACUGGUCUGACAUGCUGGCCAACCCCCGUCGUCCCAUCGCCCAGUGGCAUCCACUGCAGCCAGAAGAAGAAGUGGAUGCCUCCCUCGCAGCCCUGACUGCCAAGAAGUAAACUCCCACCACCUCCACACCUACCUACCCAUGCAUUUCCCAUCCUUUCCCCAGGUCCCACAUAUCAGUGUAUAUUCCAGAAGAACACCCCAACUGUACAUCUGCUCCCUCCACCACCUUCCUCUCCCACUGCCACCUCUCAAAAGAUCCAUAGAUACCAUUCGACAUGAUGGGAAAUAUAGUUUAAAAAAAGCAUCAUGUUAUAUUAAAUCAUGUCACCGAAAAAAGAAGACAAGUAACAGGAUGGACAGAUACUCCGUUGAUUUCCUUUAGAUCUAUUUUUGUAUUGGGGUUGUGGUUCCAUUAAUAAGAAUACAGAGUAGACUAUGAAGAACAGUAAGAGUGCUAUUAUGGGAAUCUGGUGAUAGAGGGGAUAAAACAUACAUUCACUCAUAUUGUACUUCUCACCCCUUCCCUUUAGUGACACAGUUUGCUUAGAAUAGUGCUUAAUAAUAAAAUGCUUUAUACUGCCAUAUGAUAGAGGAAUAACACAAGCAGGUCCGUUCCUUAGGUGUAUCGUGCACCAUGUUCCACACCUGCCAGUCAUCAUACUAGAUGAUUCUGUUAGUUUGAAGUACAUUCCUAGAGUUGGGUAUCAAAGUAGGGAUAGACACAUAUCCAGUUACCCACAAACACACUGCCUUUUUUAAUUAGUUAACCUUCCACUCAUCGUCUCAGGAAAACUGAGAGGAAAUGGAAACUCCAUGCCUUUUUUUCUAAACGGGUUGUUAUUAUUCAACUACUCCACUGGAUGAGAAAGAAAUAUUGGAUUCAAAAGCUUGACCGCUGUUUUUUUUUCGGUGACCUGAGGCUUGCGGAUAGUGUUAGUUUAUCCAUGAAAUGGCGUGUCAGGGGAGAGGGAGGAAAUAAUGGAUUUUCAGUACAAAAAAAAAGAAGGUAUUUGUGUAUUUUUUGCAAAAAAAAGGCUGCGUCCGUCAUCUGAACAACAAAAAGCGUGGAAAUAUCAGAGCGGGUACAACAAAGACUGAUUCCAACCACCAAUGACAUGAUAUUUACAAGGUGUCGAUUACUGCCUGCAGUCUACCACCUCCCCUCCCAACGCCUCUGAUUCUGUAUCUCACUUGUUCAGUGCUACUGCCAUUAGUCAUGGACUUGACACAAGGGUUUUACUUCAAAGGAAUCCCUAUAACCGUCUUACAGUCAUAAAGGAGACAAGCCUUCCAAGUAACAAAAUAAGCAAUUUUCAACUACCAGGGACGCCUUCCAGUUAGCGGUGUUGUUCUCUUCAUUUCUUUCUUUCCUCUAUUUUUUCUGUCCUAUUUCUAUUUUCCUUUUACCUAUCCAGUUGUAUUUUAUUUGUAUUUAACUUCAAACACUUUUAUUCCUUAAGCACUUUAAAUCAGCAUAUUACUUUUCGGUACGCUCAGAAACCAGAGCUUUAAUUAUUUACGUUGGGAGUAACUGCUGUUUUUUUUUUUUUAAAAAGAGCAAGGAGUGCUUUUUUUUUUUUUUUUUUUUGCUUCUUGUUGCUUUCUUUCGCCUCAGCUUUUUUUGUGUGUGUAUACGCUUUAAUUGUUUGGAUAUCACGUUUCUCUCUUGAUUGCAAGGAUGUGGUCUGGAAGAAGGCACUGAUCCAUGUGUAUUUUAUGCACAGCUUACCAAACUGUUGAAUUUAAUUGCACUACUGGGUAUUAUUCUGUUCUGUGGUAAUUUGACACUGUUCUUUGAUCUGUGUAGUUUUUUCUUUCUUGUGAUAAAAUGUUGUGAGAUUGAAUUUUUCUGUGGCACAUGUGGCAUGCCAGAAAGGUCUCCUCGUAUAAAUGGACUCUGCUGAUAGGAUAAGAGACGCAUUUCCAUCCAGCGCUGAUCCCAGGAUCCUUCACAGAAUGUAUUAUGUUCAAUAUAGAGAGCUGAAGUCACGUCCAUGCUGGCCUCUGUUGAAUUAGCGCCUGUAACUCAAUAUAAUCUCCCGUUCAGCCUUUCUUUUAUGUCUCUCUGAAUCCAGCGGUAAAUCAAUUACACAGGUCUCCUUUUGGUGUGAAACAAAGUUAAAUAAUAAUUAUUUUAUGAGCACAGAAAAAAAACCUGCAGCUCCCAUGAAAUAUUACAGGUGGCACACUUGUGUCACUCUAACUUUAUUAACCCAAAUUCCCCAAGUUCUCUUCAAAAGUCUAUUUUCUUUAACUUUCUGCUCUGCUGAGAUGUUUCGCCUGCAAGUGUUCAUUGCUUAUAGGUAAUGGUGUUCAUUUAACACCACUAAAAACAUAAAUAUUGUCUUAAAACAGUGUUAGAUUGUUUCUAACUAUUAAUUUUAGCAGUAGCACAGAUGUCAGUGGGAUUUUCAAUGAGGUUUUCUUACCUUUAACCCAAAAGUGUCACUUUGGCCCUCUAUAUGUGCAAAUUAAUAUUCUGUUGAAGAGAGAUUUUGAGGGUUAACAUUGUCUCACUACAAAAUCCAAACGUCCAAACAAAAACUCGUCAUCCCUGGAUAAAUUAGUGAAGGCUGACUUGUUAGUUAAAGCUCUGAUAUGUAUUUGGACCUUAUUGCAGGUCUAAAAAAAUGCUGUCUCAGAGCACAAACAGCAAAAAACUACUUGUUGACUGUGUGCAACCUAAAUGAAACAAAUGCAGUCAACAUUUUCGACAUUACCACAACUUUUUGGGAAUUUAGUGAAUGUUGGCUCUUGUAUCUUUCUCUCUGCUGGAAAUUGUAAGUCUUUUCUUUCUAACCCUCAUAGACCAGGUUUCUGUUUCUCAUCUCUCGUCAUUUUUUUCUUCCGUUGACGAAGCAACACUAAAGAAAAGGCAACAUGGAAGCAAUCAAGCAACCCAUUGGUGUGUAGUUUUGCCUAUAUACAUAGUUCAUACACGUUGAUACUGCAUGUUUAUACAAAAUACUGUACAUAAGAGCAUGUUUUAGAGAUGAAGCAAAAAUAUCUCGUGUACGUAAAUGGGUGUCAUUUGUCAUUUUAAUAACACAACGAAGGGAAAAAAAAAAGAUGCACUGUAUAUUUUCUAAAUGAAACAAAUAUGUAUUUAUUUUCCAUGAGGGUCAUUGGAGAGAAUGUCAUACAAAUAUUAGAGUACUAUAACUAAUAAGAACCUUUCCACGCCUGAAAUUCUUAAGCAAGUGUGUCGUCCAGUACUGUGUGUGAGUUCAUGUAGGAUGAAAAUGUAGCCGCAUGCUUGCUAUCUAAUUCCUUGUGAUCAAAAAUUAUGAUUUGAUGCCAUUUAUCUGCCAUUCGUUUUGUUCCAGCACCUUUCUGAAGGCCAAUGUUUGACUUAUUUUCCGAAUUUUAUUGCUCUUGCUUUUGUUAAAAAAAGAAGAAAAAAAAGAAAUAUGUUUUAAGCGUUUAAUGUUUGGAACAGGGGAUUUCCAAGUCUAUAAAAUGAGAUUUUCUAAUAGCAGAUUUGACGCGGUGUUAUUCUGAAAUAACCAAUCAGAAAAGACUGAAUAAUUCCGCGAUCUGUAGGUGGAUUGUAGGAGUCGUCAUUUGUGCCAGCACUGACCUAGAAUGAAGUCUGUUGGAUCAUAUCUUUAUAUAAAAUGCAUUUCCAGGGGCCAAAAACAUGAAUAUCCCAUUCCAGUGAACACAAAUGACUUGGAAUCCCUUCUUCUCUCCUUCUUGACCUGGAAGUUUUUAUUUUUCUCUUGUAUUUAAAUGACCUGAAACACUUCACGGCUGUGUCUCUUUUACUGUGUUUAUUAUUCGAUAUAUGUAUGUGUAUACAAGAUAAAUGAAUAAGAUAAAACUAAAGCCAUAAAACUCAAGCACUAACUCUUUAGAGCUCAGCUGAGUAGCUAGAGUUUAUUUAUGAAGAAAAAAAAAUCUGACAUGUCUUCAUUUUCCUUGGCCAGUGUUUCUCUUUUACAUUCCUUUCAAAAGGUCUUUGUUCAUUGAGAAGGCAAAAUUCCAUUUUAGUGUAUAUGUGAGCUUUGAGAACAGUUGUGAGUUUAGUAGAGUGAGUGUGUCUUUUUCUACUUUCAGAGCUGUUGAUGUCCUUGUUUUAUAGAGGUAGCUGAUUUUACAGUAUUGUGAUUAGUAAUGUAUAUGCCUUGUUUUGAUAGUAUAAAUGAUAGAUAUAAUAUCACAAUAGGUUCUCAAUAAUAAUGCUAAAAUUAUAUAUAUAAAUACAUAUAUAUAUAUAUAUAGGAGAGUGUGUUCUAAUCUUGGGCUGAGUGCAAUUUAUGAAUCAAACUGGGUCACUCUUCGAGUUUCUCUUCUUCCACUUUAGCAGAAGAAUGUUCUAGUGACUACAUGUACAAUCAAUAACACACUGCUGGUGAUUUGUGGCUCACGCUGAUGGUCUUUGUUGUGUUUCUUUAUUGUUUUUUUUUUUUUUUAAAGCAAACUGCUCAAGCAACAAAAGCUAACAUGAAAAGAGAGAAACUUGGAACAGUGAAACCCAAGUUUUUAAGCCUGAAUCCCUCCCAUAGAACUAUGCAUAUAGUUAUGAUUUUCACAAACACAAAGCAGAAAACAACUAAAAACAUAGACAUAUGUUUUAUGUCAUGCACAUAAAAUAAAAUUGAACAAAUAGUUCCAAAUUUUGCUUUCUUGCCAAGAGUUACACAAGAGGACCACAUCUGCGCACUAAAUGCGCAUCUGGAGCCAAGAAGUGGCUAGCUUAGCUUAGCAUAAAGACUGGAAGACAGGGAGAAACUACUCUGUCUGUCCAAAUGUGAAAAAUCAACCUACAAGCAAUUCUGCAGCUCAAACAGUCCGAUCUGAAAAUAUGUAGAAAGUCAACUGUUGCAGAACAAAAUAUUGCUCUUUGUUGUUUUUUACAUUUCACAGAUUAGACAAUGAUAUAUAAAGUGCUUGUAGGUGUAUUUUUUCAGCUUGCAUAGAGUCCGACUGGUUGUUUCCACCUGUUCUCCAGUCUUGUUUUGUUCAAGGCUCCUGAACAAGAAGAACCUGGUAUCAAUCUCCUCAUUUAAUUCUUUGCAAAAAAACAAAUUAGAAACAAUCAUAAAGGGCCAAACUAUUCCUUUAAGCUCACCUCAGUCGCUGAGAUUUUAAACUGCCACAUCUGUUCUGGCAACAGUCCUCAAUGUGUCGCAUUAUUGCUGCACAUUGUCUAAUGCAAUAUUUAUUCACUGUCCCAUUAAUGCCACUGACUGUGACCAAAUGAUGCACUGAGAAUGAUUUUAAAUACAGGACUUCAGUGUAUUUCACAAAUACUGCCAGUACCUGAUUACAGUUGCCUGCAUUCUUUCGCCACUGUUUGACUCUGCAAAAGCCAAAAUAACGCAGAGCAGUGACAAAACACACCAGACGAUGGGGCAAAUGUGAUUUCAGGUAAACUUAUAGCACAUUUAGGAGAUUUGUUUCUUCAGUUUUCCUUUUACCUCUCGGGUCACCACGGUCACAUGACCACCGGACAAGUUCUAUGGGGGACAGAGACUGGGAGAUGUGUGAGUGCUUGUGUAUGUGGGAUAAUAGAUGAAGUGUAGGCCCUUUAGCAGACAUGGUGCAAAAACACAGCACUGGAUUAUACCAUACACAGUACAGGUCUGCAUGCAUGGGACACAUUACUCAUUCCUAAAUGUACAUCUUUGUAUGACUGUAAUACUCAAAACAACAAUCUUAGCUCUCUGUUUUAAAUAUGGGGAUUAAUCUGUUCUGUUGAUGGCUGUGUAGAUGUAUAAUACCUUAUGCACAACCGCAUCUGAAGCUGUGUGCUGUUUCAGCUGUGCAGAGACAGUUUAAGAGCACCGUUCACACAGUUGUGGUUCGUUUUUUUUGUUGUUGUUGUUGUUAAUUUUUUUUUACAUUUAUUUUUGAACAAAACGCUGGGAUUUAAAAAGGGAAACCAUCCAAAGUUCCGUUGAUCAUUUGCCACCUUGUCAAAAUGUGUUGAGGAGCCUCUCAGCAGGUAAAGACACCACUUUGAAACAUGUCGUCUUGUCUCCUCUAUUACUCGCUGUAUUUCUUCUUUGUAUUCUUGUGCAUAUGUGUAAUCACUUCUUCUUCUGUCGUUUAAUUUAUUUGUUUGCUCCGUGACGUAUACCUCUAGAAUGUAGGACUGUAUUGCCGUCACCAUAGUCUCUCACUUUUGCUUUCUGUUACCGUCUUUGUCUUGUUUCUGUGUAACCGACUGUGUACCAUCAUUAUGCUGAAUAGGAAGCAGGCUCACUGAUCUCUCCACUGAAUCUGCUUUUGCUGAGCGUAAAGAAUGCCGGCCUUCAUGUUUACAACAUGGACAUACUGUAUACUGCCAAACAUGCAGGACCGUAACAAACUCCCCCCUCUUGAGCGCUUAGUCCUCCACCUCUCAUACCCUGAUGCAACUGUAUUCUCAAGACUCCUUUCUUUUUUCCUUUCUCACCUCUUUCUCUUCAUCAUCUUUUAAAAGCAUCGGAGGACGGUCAGGUUGUGUCCUCUAGCUGUGUUUCUUCGUGUCUAGUGUCGUGGUGCGCGUGUUCAUGUCAGUACUUGUGCCUACUGUGGAUCGCAUGCUUUAGCCCUUGACUGGACACAAACGUUGCUCACAAACUCCUCUUGACCCUUAUGUGGACAAACGUUGGGGAUCCUUAUAAAGUUAUCAAGGGAACCAAAUAACUUAUUACAAAUUUAUCAUAUGUGUUACCAGUUCUGUAAAAACAAAUAGGAAAUAAAGGCCUUUUAAUUAC